GGAGUCCUCAACAGAGCGAAGCGGUACUUCACGCCUGGACAAAGGCUUUUGCUUUAUAAAGCACAAGUCCGGCCUCGCGUGGAGUACUGCUCCCAUCUCUGGGCCGGGGCUCCCAAAUACCAGCUUCUUCCAUUUGACUCCAUACAGAGGAGGUCCGUUCGGAUUGUCGAUAAUCCCAUUCUCACGGAUCGUUUGGAACCUCUGGGUCUGCGGAGGGACUUCGGUUCCCUCUGUAUUUUGUACCGUAUGUUCCAUGGGGAGUGCUCUGAGGAAUUGUUCGAGAUGAUACCAGCAUCUCGUUUUUACCAUCGCACCGCCCGCCACUGGAGUAGAGUUCAUCCAUACUGCCUGGAGGCACUGCGGUCAUCCACAGUGCGUCUCCAGAGAUCUCUUUUGCCACGUACCAUCCGGCUAUGGAAUGAGCUCCCCUCCACGGUGUUUCCCGAGCGCUAUGACAUGUCCUUCUUCAAACGAGGCUUGUGGAGAUUAUGAAGCGGUAGGCAGCGGCUUGCCUUUGCCCCUGGCAUUGCUGAAGUCCAUGCCGGUAGAAGUAGUGAAGACGGUAACCACUCACCAUCAGAUGGGUCGUAUGCUCGUCUGCCUACAAGGGCAAUAAAAAAAAAAAAGGUCAUACAAUCUCCCUGAAACUGGCGAAGCUAGGCUUUUGUAUUUUGAACAUUGGGGGAUUGGGUACUGGAAAAAAAAUAACCCUUAGUCGCCUACUUUGAUAAUAUGAUAAUGAAAUAAUUUGAUGAAUUGAUAAUGAAAAUUUUCGACCGCAAUUUAAGUUUAUCUUUCAAUCAAACCAAUUUACAAAAUUUUUUAAUUGUGAAACAAAUAAUUUAAUAAAGAAUAAAAUCAUGAACCUGUAGUAUGUUCGUAUUACAAGGGCUUAGGUAAUUAGGAAAUCGUAAAAUUUGCUCACCUUGAGACAUGAGCUCGACGUCUCAAGUUUUAUUUUUGUGAAACAAUGAAAUUUGUUCCAAUUUUCAAACUGUAACUCCAGACUGCUUCGUGGCAGAAAUGAGCAACUUGGUGGUACUUACUCGUGUGGGCUCACAAUACUAUUUUCUAACGAGCAGUUGUCAGUACCCGGUAAACUCCCUAAAGGGUCGUUUUAUUCGAAACUUCUUUUCUUGUAAUCAUUGUUUUACAUGCCUCAAGUUUUAGCAGUCUUCUAAUAUUCGUCUCAAGUACUAAUUAAAAACUCUUCUCAUAACCGAUCAGUAGGCUGCAAAAUGGAUGGACAGUACCGCAAACAUUGCAUGAUACCUACAAAUAACGCCAUCUGGGAAACAAUAAUGGAUGAUAAUAUCGAAUACCUGUAUACUUCGAUUUUAUUUACAUGACUUGAAUUAAUCGCUGAUUUACAUGUAGUUAUUUAACUAAAUAUUAACCGAAUUAUUUUAAGUGUUUUACAGUUCAUAGACGUUAUCAAUGUUUAAGUUCUUUCAAGUUAAAGUGAUGUCAUACUUUGUUUCCUAGAUGACCUUUCCUUGAUAGAUACUGGUCAAGGUAAUAAAAACAUGUUAAUAAUUCAAUUAAUCUGAAAGUCCUGAAACAAUUAAGCCUUUAUUUUUAUUAUUUUAUUUGAAUUACAAAACUUUGGUUCGCGUUUGUUUAAUAUCAGUUGAAUAGAGUAUGUUUUAUGUACAAUAUAUUACAAUAAUAAAAAACAAAGUAUAUGCAAAACAUUAAACUCAAGAAGUAAAUGGGCCUUAUCGCUGAGAACGAUCUCUUCCAGACAACCAUCGAAUGGACAAGAAAAGUCGCGGUGUACUUAGUUUGAAAAAAAUAUAAAAUGGUAUAAUAAUAUUACUAUAAUUAUAUACAUAAAUUUGAAUAAAUUAUUUAUUUAAUAGGGUUUAAAGUAUGAAAUUGCCGUUUUAUUGUAAUGGGUAAUUCGAAUUGAAUUAGAAUCUUCAUGGUGUGUGAUUGUUGAGUGAAACUUUUUUCGGGGUUCUUCUUUUAAAAAAUGUUCAACAUUUGAUCAUCUACUUUCAGUUGUUUUUGAAGUUAUACUUCUUUAGGCGCGUUAUGAAAAAUUGAUGAGAGUGAAAUUUUACGAUGCGCGCGCACUGUGACACAAAAUUAACAGAAUUGAAGUUGCCCACUAAAUCGUUCAUUACAAUACGACCGACGUAACUUGGCGAGUCUGAAUAGCCGCAGGUGAACUUUCGCACAUGUACACUCGUAAAAAAAGUGUUAUUAGCAUUAAUUUUUUGACGUUAAAUAUUUAUUAUGAAUUAUUUAAUAUUUAAAAAAAAGAAAUAAAUUUUAUAAAAAUAAAGUAUAACUUCUUACGCGCGUACAUAGGUACACGCACCCUUUUUUUUAUUCAGCUUAGACAAGAAAGAUGGAUACUUCGAAAAUUUGAGUGAUUUUUGAAUACGAGUUCCGACGCGGAACUAACGCUGCAGAAACAGCUCGCAAUAUCAAUGUUGCGUUUGGAGAGGGGACUGCUAAUGAACGCACCGUGCGAUUUUGUUUUAAACGCUUUCGUGAUGGAAAUCUAAGACCGCCCACAUAUGAAUAACAAUGAAUUCAAAGAGAUGGUGGAAGCCGAUCCGAGCCAAACUACCCAGGAAUUAGCGGCAUGGUUUAACAUUACCUUACCAACAAUAUUGACUCAUUUGUGUCAAAUGAAUAAAAUUAAAAAUUAUGAAAAUGGGUGCCUCAUGAUUUGACUGAUCUGCAGAAAGAAACUCGUGUUGAAAAUUGUGUUGCCUUGUUGAAUUGAUACAGAAAUGAAAGAAUGUUGGAUCGAAAUCAGACAUGUGAUGAAAAGUAGAUUCUUUAGGAUAACCGUAAGAGAAAAAUGCAAUGGCUGACCCCAGGUCAAACGCCGCAACAGUGUCCCAAAGCAAAGCUUACCAAUAAAAAGGUAAUAAAUACUAACAGUUUGUUGUUCUCAGCAUGGUGUUAUUCACUAUAGCUUUCUCCGAUCUGGUCAAGCAAUAACGGCGGAUGUCUACUGUGCCGAACUCCGAACAAUGAUAGUAAAACUUGCAGCCCCGAUUCAUGAAUCGAUCUUCACCAUUAUUACUCCAUGAUAACGCGAAACCUCAUACGGCACGAGAAACCGUUUUAAUUCUACAGGAACUGCAAUUAGAAACCAUUCCUCACCCUCCUUAUUCGCGAAACCGUGCUCCAACGGAAUACGAUUUUUUUCGUGGUUUGUAAAAUUUUCUACGUGAUAAAAAGUUUUCUUCACAGGAAGCAGUACAAAAUGCUUUCACACAGUUUGUAGAGUGUAAAUCACCAGAGUUAUAUCGCAAAGGUAUAAAUGACCUUCCUAUUCGAUGGCAGCAAUGUAUAGAUAACAAUGGUAGAUAUUUUGAUUAAAUAAAUAUGUUCAAUGAAAAAAACCAAAUUUAAUUUUUUCAGUACGUACAAAUCGGCAAUUUCAUACUUUAACCCUAAAUCUUAGUAUGUGUACGUAAUUUUUUUUUUCACAGAAAUAGCACCAUACCAUAAAAUAUAACAAUAAUACAACGAUAACAAUGUCCACAUAAUAAACAAAUAUAGACGCUUAAAAAACAUUUUACAUAAAUACAUACGAUAAAUUAACUAUAGGUACACUAGAUAUUAUAUUCUAACACAAAUAAAUAAAAAAACAAUGUGAAAACAAGUCUUUGAAGCAUCUGGUGUUUCUGGAUGUCCUAUACGUACCUACUGGGAGUACAUUCCACAAUUGAAUUGGGCUGAGCUAUAAAGUUUUUUUUUUAUGGUCUAAUGUUUACUAGUGGCCCGGAGGUCUUUCAGUUUCAUCAGGGCAGGUGGACGAGCAAGGGCUCAGCCAGGAGGGGUGGAAUUUGCUAACAGCUACCCGAGCGCCUCCAAAGGAGACCUAACAACUGAAAACUACAGAUGAACUCAAAGCAUAUUUUGGGAUAAAAUAGAAAACGAAUAGGUAGCCAUUGGCACGCGAUCAUAUUUUAGUAAACUAAAUAUGAAUCAUGCUGAAGUCCAUGUGCGACGGUAAGCACUCACCAUCAGGUGAGCCGUAUGCUAGUCCGCCUAAAAGUUCAAUAAAAAAAGAAGACAUUCAAAUGUGUUUACUCAUAAGUACACUGCUACGGUGAGCUCAAGUUAGCUGAUAUCAGCAUAGUAAAGGAUUGGAAGAAGAAGAGAUUGUUGGAUUGGAGUUAAAGUGAGCAAACAGAGAAAAUAUGUCUGACACUAGAAUCCUCCGGCAAAACCCUUCCAAACAGUUUCAUUGAUUUGAGCAUCCUAUGACAUACCCUUUUCUAUAAUUUUAUUAUACUCAAAUACUUUAUCACAUACUGGUAGUUGAACUUCAUCAAGUGAAAUUUGAAAUGAUUUUUCAACACAAUGAAUAAAAAAAAACGUUAUAAUUUGUAGAGAUAAGAAAAAAAACCUAUCAUUUGGAGGAUGUAGGAAUGGAAAUACGUAUUGUAACGCAGCGUCCCUUUUCGCGGGGCUACAGUAGCCAAACGGGAUGUGACUCAGGUCCGUGCCGCGACGACCCACCAAGCGCCUGCGCAUCUAUUGCACCCAGUAGUGCGCGCCAGACUCUCAAGCGGCAAAUACGCGUCCCCGGUCGGCACCGGAACUGAUACCCUAGAGUCUCAUGUCAGUCGGGCACCCAAUAUUGGGCGCCAGUUUAAUGUUGCGCGCCAGACUGUCAAGCGGCAAAUACGCGUCCCCGGUCGAUACCGGAACUGACAACCCUAUAGUCUCAUGCCAGUCGGGCACCCAACAUUAAAGCAUGUACAUACAAUGCGAUUCAUACUUCCACCUUAAGUCUCAAGUUGGGUCACGGCAUUCUAUGAACACAGCUAUUUACACACACAAGAACACAGUUAUUUCUAUGAACUUCGGCUACCACAGGACAUUAGUAGACUCAUGCGCUCGAUUAUCAAACGAGUGCAAUAACAACAAAGGUCUUGGGAUUCCUGACACGGUAAUAUCAUUAAAUCUAUUGUGCAUUGUUGUUCACGUAUUAUUUUCACUACUCCAGCGGUUUUUUGUAUGUACUCCCUGCGUCACUAUUUCAUAAUAUAUGUAUCCCAAAUCGCAGUACAUACUUUUACUGAUUUAUUUUUGAGCUCUCUUUAAUUAUCUCUUCUCACAUACCGUAUUACUGUGACAGAGAUAUUCUGACUUCGUUCUCGUCGUCUCUGCUUAAAUUCUUGCAUUAGAUCUUCGGAACCCAGCUUUGGAAUGAACUCCAACUCUCUCCUCGGUCUUUCCUAAGCGCUAUGACAUGUCCUUCAAACGAGGUUGGCGGAGAGUUCUCAGCUGUAGGCGGCGGCACGACUGUGCCCCUUUGUAUCGAUGAUGUCCACGAUAGUGUGAUAGUUUAUAAUUUAUUAUGAUAAGGAUUAAAAUCAUGGCGGAAAUUCUAUGAGGAUAAUGAGUACAGCAAAAAUUAUGAAUGUGAUAAGAAAUAAGACAACAAUACAAACCGAUCGUAAGCGUUUGGAAGUGGAUUACCUAGUUAUGUCCGUUUUUAAGCCUCUGCAUUUGUUCAUGUUCUCCGAUCGAUUAUUAGAAGACAUUGGGUAGCGCAACGCAAUAGCUUAACCUUCAAACAUAUGGCUAUAGUACAAGAGGGAUUUCAAGGUCCCCUCGACCUGUUCUUGCCUUGGGUCAUGUGGCUGAAAAGUAAAACUCAUUCUACCUCUGCCCCAUGCCAUCGCAGAUAGAGCCAUAGCUUCUCGGGUCGGACGACUGCGUAACCUACGGUUAUUAUUGCCUAUCUGGUAGCCAAAGCCAGGAAGCCCAUAAGGCAGACCGAUGUAUACCCGAAUAAGCUAAGUACGUGAUUUUCAUUCCUGAUAUUAUGUAAGAAGACAGGAUUUGGGAGGCGUGGUAAUAGUAAUCAUGUGGACGCAAGCGCGGUGGAGGCGUCGCGCAGAGGAUGAGGGUGCGUCAGUUGGCGUCCGGCGUCUGGAGGUGCCUAGCGCUUCGCGCCGCGCCCCUUACAGCCAUUGCGUGGCUCGGGGCGUGGCGCUUACGUAAACACGCGUAACACGCAGCUCGUGUUAAAGGCGGCGCGGUGCCGCGCUACUGUCCGUCCUAGAUCGACCCCAUGUUGGCCCGCGCCGCCUACUGAGUAUAUGUGGAUAGCAGCACGCGCCCUGUCGUGCCGCCGCCGCUGCCUCUGCCGCCAACGCCAACUUGCGCGUUUAUAGCAUCAUAAGAGGCGAUGCAGACGCAUGCAGCUCUAAUGGCGCUGGCUGCGCUGGGAGCGCUAGCGGCGGCGGCGGCGGCGGAGCGCGGCAGUGGCAUCAAAGUCGGCAGCGGUGGUGGAAUGGCCAGUAGUCGAGAUGGUGGCCGUGGAAGUGGUGUACGCAUCGGAGACGGAAUCAGGCGUCCACGAACUUCACCUGCGCCUCCUCCUCCUCGAGCUCCUUCUUCCAUCACCGCUGCUCUCGUCGUGCCACAUAAGGCCUUUGGCACACGAGAUUACACCAAGGCCGAAAAAGCUGCUCUAUCAAAAUUACCGCGAAAACUGAAACUUUUUUCUCAAGUGCGCCUGAACAUAACGCUCUCUACGCAAGGCUUGACGCCUAGUCCUAUGUCUAUCCUGGACUCGCUAUGUAAAGAAUUUCUAGCAGUCAACGUGUCUGCUAUCCUUUAUCUUAUGAAUCACGAACAAUACGGGCGCUCUACUGCCUCUGCACAAUAUUUUCUACAACUCGCAGGGUAUCUCGGCAUACCGGUAAUUGCAUGGAAUGCAGACAACAGCGGGCUUGAGAAGCGCGCGUCACAUGCUUCUUUACGUCUUCAAUUGGCCCCAUCCAUUGAACAUCAAACAGCCGCGAUGCUUUCUAUUUUAGAAAGAUACAAAUGGCAUCAGUUCAGCGUCGUCACCUCAGCUAUUGCCGGACAUGACGAUUUCAUACAGGCUGUACGUGAAAGAGUGACGGCACUACAAGAUCGAUUUAAAUUCACGAUACUUAACGCAAUAGUCGUUAAGAGGUCAUCAGAUCUAAAUGAAUUGGUCACAAGUGAAGCGCGUGUGAUGUUACUGUAUGCGACCAGAGAAGAGGCAGCGGAAAUACUAUCUGCCGCUGGAGACUUACACCUUACCGGCGAAAGUUUUGUGUGGAUCGUUACACAAAGUGUAUUAGGAUCUAUGCAACAACCCAACAAAUUUCCCGUCGGCAUGCUUGGUGUACAUUUCGACACGUCGAGUUCUUCUUUGAUAUCAGAAAUAGCAACCGCUGUUAAAGUAUUUGCCUACGGCGUGGAGUCGUACAUAUCCGAGCCUGAGAAUGUGCGUUACCCACUGGGCACUAGACUAUCGUGCAGUGGCGCGGGAGCAGGCGAAGCACGUUGGUCUACAGGCGAGCGAUUCUAUAGGCAUUUGCGGAAUGUCAGCGUUGAAGGAGAAGUAGGGAGACCGAGCAUCGAAUUCACCCCUGAUGGUGAAUUACGAGCUGCUGAACUUAAAAUUAUGAAUCUAAGACCUGCCAUAGGCGAACAGUUGGUAUGGGAAGAAAUCGGAACUUGGAACUCUUAUCCGAAAGAACGACUCGUCAUCAAAGACAUUGUUUGGCCUGGCGGUCUACAUACUCCACCACAAGGCGUGCCAGAAAAGUUCCACAUGCGCAUAACCUUCCUAGAAGAACCACCGUAUAUUAACUUAGCGCCACCGGAUCCCGUUAGUGGACGUUGCUCUUUAGACAGAGGUGUGAUAUGCCGUGUCGCACCGGAAACAGAAGUUGCUGGUCUCGAAGCCGGUACUGCUCACGGAAAUAGCUCUCUAUACCAGUGUUGCAGUGGAUUCUGUAUAGAUCUGCUGCAACAACUUGCUGAACAUCUCGGAUUUACCUAUGAAUUGGUCCGCGUCGAGGAUGGACGUUGGGGCACAUUGCACUACGGCAAGUGGAACGGUUUGAUUGCCGAUCUUGUCAACAAGAAAACCGAUAUGGUUUUAACGUCCUUAAUAAUAAAUUCGGACCGGGAAGCAGUAGUAGAUUUCAGUGUGCCAUUUAUGGAGACCGGUGUUGCAAUUGUGGUGGCCAAACGAACAGGCAUAAUUUCCCCAACGGCUUUCUUAGAACCUUUCGACACUGCUUCGUGGAUGCUCGUGGGCGCUGUAGCUAUACAAGCUGCUACUUUUUCAAUAUUCUUCUUCGAAUGGAUGUCACCGAGUGGAUUCGACUGCUCAACUGGCAACUCAAAACGUGUUCCACAAAAUCGAUUUUCGCUAUGUCGCACGUAUUGGAUUGUUUGGGCAGUUUUAUUUCAAGCGUCAGUACACGUUGAUUCACCUAGAGGUUUCACAGCUCGUUUCAUGACCAACAUGUGGGCGAUGUUCGCCGUCGUGUUUCUGGCUAUAUACACAGCUAAUUUGGCUGCGUUUAUGAUAACUCGCGAGGAAUACCACGAAUUAAGCGGCUUAGACGAUCCCAGGAUCGCGAGACCACUCUCACAGCGUCCGCCAUUAAAAUUCGGCACAGUACCGUGGUCACACACAGAUGCUACGCUCGCUAAAUACUUCCCGGAACCACACGCUUAUAUGGCUCGGUACAAUCGGAGUACAGUUAGCGCAGGAGUGACGAGCGUACUUACGGGAGAUCUUGACGCAUUCAUUUAUGACGGUACUGUAUUGGAUUAUCUGGUAUCACAAGACGAAGAUUGUAGACUGUUGACGGUAGGGGCUUGGUACGCCAUGUCCGGGUACGGCCUCGCGUUUACGCGGAACUCGAAAUAUCUCAGUAUGUUCAAUAAACGGUUACUAGAUUUACGAGCCAAUGGUGAUCUUGAAAGACUACGAAGGUACUGGAUGACUGGAACGUGUAAGCCCAAUAAACAAGAGCAUAAGUCUUCAGAUCCUCUGGCCUUGGAGCAAUUCUUAUCAGCAUUCCUGCUACUUAUGGCAGGAAUUCUGCUGGCAGCAUUGUUGCUCCUGUUAGAACAUGUCUAUUUUAAAUACAUGCGCACUCAUUUGGCGGCCUCAAAGGCUGGAUCGUGUUGUGCGCUAGUUUCGUUAUCAAUGGGUCAGUCUCUGACUUUUCACGGCGCCGUAGUCGAAGCGGCUGCUCGAGGAUUAGGCACAGGCGAACGUGGACACUGUCGCUCCGCCAUAUGCGCUGCUCAAUUAUGGCGCGCACGACACGAACGUGAUGUAGCCAUGGCCAGGGUGAGGCAGCUGGCUGCGGCGUUAGCGGCACACGGGCUGGCGCCGCCGCCACGCCGACUCGCUUCGGCGGCGGCGCUGCUGGCGGGUGGCAUGCCGCACGACGCCACGCGGCCGCGCAUGCUGCGCCCGCCCGCCGACCUACUGCCGGACCUCGAUCGCCCUCUCUCGUGUGGUGAUUUGCGAUCGAGAGGGCGGACACGAGUAGAAAUGGAAACAGUGCUGUGAGGCGUAUUUUACGCCACCCUAUUUCAAUUCUUGAAGGCUGCUCUUACACCAAGUUAUACAAAGACGAAGUUAGUUAUACCUAUGUUUAAAAUACGGACAGAUAAAAGAAAAGAUGUAAUUAUUAAAUAAACUAUUCCAAUUAUUAAAACGGAGAGCUGGACGUAGAUAGCGAAGCGUUGUUGUGGGACGUGCGCGCGGAGCAGGCUGGAACCGGGUGCACGCCCUCGUGUUGUCUACUACAAUAAAUAUAUUUUUUGGACAAUA